AUGAAUUCCGGCGACGCUUUACCAUACGUUGCAGUUUCUCACGUGCGCGACAUAUUAAUACCACCCAUUCAGAGACAACGAAAGCGCAAACUGUGGAAUGAGGCCGCCAACUACGUCAGCAAGAACGAUUCCCGUGUAAGGCUAGAAACACAAAGAAUUGCUGGUGAAGAUUUUGAGGUCUGGCGAUGGACCUGUCAAUCAAGUCCUGCAUUGAACCACAAAUUUAAAUCAUUAUAUUCUAGCUUACCUAUUGAAAAAAAUUCAGAAAUUGAGCAGUUAGUUGUGCCUGGAAUUGGGUUUAAAGUUUGGCAAGGGCAAAUAAAACACACUAAUAAUAUAAUAUCGAGGACGAUUGAAUGUAACGACAGUUGCUGCUUAAAGUUAGGGAAUAUGUUUGAUUAUGAGCUUGAAAGUGGUAGUGACUGGACCAGUAGAAUACAAGAUGCCAUUCUGGAAAAGUGUGGAGACAGCAGUAGCAUAGUCCAUAUACAUGUGGAAAGGUAUUCUAAUCGUGGUUCAGUUUACAUCAAGUGUAGUCAAAUAGAAGAUGCCAAAGAGACAUUUAAAGCUAUGCAUGGCUGUAUAUUUGACGGUAGGAUAGUUCGAGCUAGAUUUAUAAGUAAUCAGACAUAUCACAGCUUGUUUCCAGAUGCAGCAAAAUUUAGCGAGCCGUUGAAGCCUUCAAAUGAUUCCGUGAGAUCAAUGAUAUUUCUUGCUGAAGCGAAUAUAUAUCUAAGUUAA